AUGUCUGAGCCCAUUCAUCUCAACACGCAUCCUACCCACGCCACGUUGUCGCUCGUUCAUCAAUCGAUGCAGUCAGCGUCCAAUUUGCACUAUGGCGAAGCCAAAACUUCCGCGGUAGAGGAGUCAAAAGCCGAAGCUGGCUCCCGGCACCGCAAUGCUUCCACCUACGAUACCGAGUCUCAAUCGCCGUCCUAUGCCUCCCCAGCCGAUCCAUUCCAGCUCUCCCAACGAAUCAAGACCCAAGUGGAACUCGACAGCAUCAGCGCUAAUACUGCGAGAAAACGCGACACUGUCAAUUACUGUAAUCCUAUUAGUUUGGGCAGCAAGCCCAUGUCCAAAGUAGCCGGGUUUUACGAGUCGCAGAAUUCGCAGAUUGAGCGCCUCCUCAAGCCAGUCCAUGAGCAUGUCCGGGAAGCACGAGACUCUCAGGAAUCUACAAAACUCAAGUACUUGAUAGCGGUCUAUGGUAGCUUCGGCGCCAAUAUUGUUCUAUCCAUCCUCCAACUUUAUGCCGCCAUCUCUUCCGGCUCUCUUUCGCUCUUCACGACCUGCGCCGACUCUGUCUUCGACCCGUUAUCAAACGUCACUUUGAUCGUUUGCAACAAAGCCGUCAGCAAAGUCGAUCCUCGCAAGUUUCCUGCCGGACGGGCUCGAAUAGAGAACGCUGGCAACAUUGUCUUCGCCUUUUUGAUGACCACAGUCUCCUUCAUCCUGAUCGCAUUUUCCAUUCAAGAUCUUGCUCGCCACGCUGGACAAAACGACACCAAGGAUUUUUACCUUCCAUCGGUCAUCGCAGUGUCGGUGGCUUUCACCACGAAGCUCUGCCUCUUCCUCUAUUGCUGGGGAAUAAAGGGGGAUUAUUCUCAGGUGCGCAUUCUUUGGGAGGAUCACCGAAAUGACCUAUUCAUCAACGGCUUCGGUAUCUUAACCUCCGUGGGUGGUUCCAAGCUUAGAUGGUGGAUCGAUCCCAUGGGUGCUAUUAUCCUCUCAGUCCUGAUUUCGUGCCUGUGGCUGCAUACUGCAUACGGAGAGUUCCAGCUGCUUAUUGGAGUCACCGCCGACACGGAAACGCUUCAGCUCAUUACAUACGUGAGCAUGACGCACAGUGAGAUGAUCAAGCAGAUCGAUACAGUGCGAGCUUGGCAUUCGGGUCCCAGACUCGUCGUUGAAGUCGAUGUUGUAAUGGACCCUGAAGAAAGUCUUCGCGUCAGCCACGAUGUGGCGGAGGAGCUGCAAAUGAAACUCGAAAGCCUACCGGAUGUCGAGCGAGCAUAUGUACACGUUGACUUCGAGACGACGCACAAGCCUGAGCAUUUCCUGAAGAAGGAGCUAUGA